AUGAACCAGUUGCAACAAGGAACCAGUUGCAACAGGAACCAGUUGCAACAAGGAACCAGUUGCAACAAGGAACCAGUUGCAACAAGGAACCAGUUGCAACAAGGGACCAGUUGCAACAAGGAACCAGUUGCAACAAGGAACCAGUUGCAACAAGGAACCAGUUGCAACAAGGAACCAGUUGCAACAAGGAACCAGUUGCAACAAGGAACCAGUUGCAACAAGGAACCAGUUACAACAAGGAACCAGUUGCAACAAGGAACCAGUUACAACAAGGAACCAGCUGCAACAAGGAACCAGUUGCAACAAGGAACCAGUUGCAACAAGGAACCAGUUGCAACAAGGAACCAGUUGCAACAAGGAACCAGUUGCAACAAGGAACCAGUUGCAACAAGGAACCAGUUACAACAAGGAACCAGUUGCAACAAGGAACCAGUUACAACAAGGAACCAGUUGCAACAAGGAACCAGUUACAACAAGGAACCAGCUGCAACAAUGAACCAGUUGCAACAAGGAACCAGUUGCAACAAGGAACCAGUUGCAACAAGGAACCAGUUGCAACAAGGAACCAGUUGCAACAAGGAACCAGUUGCAACAAGGAACCAGUUGCAACAAGGAACCAGUUGCAACAAGGAACCAGUUGCAACAAGGAACCAGUUGCAACAAGGAACCAGUUACAACAAGGAACCAGUUGCAACAAGGAACCAGUUACAACAAGGAACCAGCUGCAACAAUGAACCAGUUGCAACAAGGAACCAGUUGCAACAAGGAACCAGUUGCAACAAGGAACCAGUUGCAACAAGGAACCUGUUGCAACAAGGAACCAGUUACAACAAGGAACCAGUUGCAACAAGGAACCAGUUGCAACAAGGAACCAGUUACAACAAGGAACCAGCUGCAACAAUGAACCAGUUGCAACAAGGAACCAGUUGCAACAAGGAACCAGUUGCAACAAGGAACCAGUUGCAACAAGGAACCAGUUGCAACAAUGAACCAGUUGCAACAAUGAACCAGUUGCAACAAGGAACCAGUUGCAACAAGGAACCAGUUGCAACAAUGAACCAGUUGCAACAAGGAACCAGUUGCAACAAGGAACCAGUUGCAACAAUGAACCAGUUGCAACAAGGAACCAGUUGCAACAAGGAACCAGUUGCAACAAGGAACCAGUUGCAACAAGGAACCAGUUGCAACAAGGAAGCAAGGCACAAAGAAAUAACACCAACAUUCAUGCAUUACGUUAAUGUGAUUUAUCAUGUACAUCCCAAGAGAAGCCUUGAAGCUGGUAACGUAACUGGCUCUACUGUGCCAGCUGGUAACGUAACUGGCUCUACUGUGCCAGCUGGUAACGUAACUGGCUCUACUGUGCCAGCUGGUAACGUAACUGGCCCUACUGUGCCAUCUGGCAACGUAACUGGCCCUACUGUGCCAUCUGGCAACGUAACUGGCCCUACUGUGCCAUCUGGCAACGUAACUGGCUCUACUGUGCCAUCUGGCAACGUAACUGGCCCUACUGUGCCAUCUGGCAACGUAACUGGCUCUACUGUGCCGGCUGGCAACGUAACUGGUCUUACUGUGCCACCUGGCAACGUAACUGGUCUUACUGUGCCACCUGGCAACGUAACUGGCUCUACUGUGCCACCUGGCAACGUAACUGGCCCUAAUGUGCCACCUGGCAACGUAACUGGUCUUACUGUUCCACCUGGCAACGUAACUGGCUCUACUGUGUCAUCUGGCAACGUAACUGGCCCUACUGUGCCAUCUGGCAACGUAACUGGCUCUACUGUGCCAUCUGGCAACGUAACUGGCCCUACUGUGCCAUCUGGCAACGUAACUGGCCCUACUGUGUCAUCUGGCAACGUAACUGGCCCUACUGUGUCAUCUGGCAACGUAACGGGUCCUACUGUGUCAUCUGGCAACGUAACUGGCUCUACUGUGCCGGCUGGCAACGUAACGGGUCCUACUGUGUCAUCUGGCAACGUAACUGGCCCUACUGUGUCAUCUGGCAACGUAACUGGCCCUACUGUGCCAUCUGGCAACGUAACUGGCCCUACUGUGCCAUCUGGCAACGUAACUGGCCCUACUGUGUCAUCUGGCAACGUAACUGGCCCUACUGUGCCAUCUGGCAACGUAACUGGUCCUACUGUGCCAUCUGGCAACGUAACUGGCCCUACUGUGUCAUCUGGCAACGUAACUGGCCCUUCUGUGUCAUCUGGCAACGUAACGAGUCCUACUGUGCCACCUGGCAACGUAACUGGUCCUACUGUGCCACCUGGCAACGUAACUGGCCCUACUGUGCCACCUGGCAACGUAACUGGUCCUACUGUGCCACCUGGCAACGUAACUGGCCCUACUGUGCCAACUGGCAACGUAACUGGCCCUACUGUGCCAUCUGGCAACGUAACUGGUCCUACUGUGCCACCUGGCAACGUAACUGGCCCUACUGUGCCAACUGGCAACGUAACUGGCCCUACUGUGCCAACUGGCAACGUAACUACAGUCAAAUACCGCCCAGUUCAUUACAACGUUUCGCAAAAUUAA